AGCGGAGUCAAGUCACGUGAGCCGGGCUGCGGCGCCCCGCUCCGCGCCGUCAUGGUGGCCCCGAUGUACGGCUCCCCAGGCGGCCGGCUGGCCCGGGCGCUGACGCGGGCACUGGCGCUGGCCCUGGUGCUGGCCCUGCUGGUCGGGCUGUUCCUGAGCGGCCUGACGGGCGCGAUCCCGAUCUCGGGACGCCAGUGGGGGCCCAAGGGGCCGGUCCCUCCCGACUCCCGCAGCCGCUCGGUGCUCCUGGACGCCGAGACCGGCCAGCUCCGACUGGUGGAUGGCCGCCACCCGGAUGCCGUGGCCUGGGCCAACCUCACCAACGCCAUUCGCGAGACCGGGUGGGCCUUUCUGGAGCUGCGCACGAACGGCCGCUACAAUGACAGCCUGCAGGCCUACGCUGCGGGCGUGGUGGAGGCCGCCGUGUCUGAGGAGCUCAUCUAUAUGCACUGGAUGAACACGGUGGUGAAUUACUGUGGCCCCUUCGAGUACGAAGUUGGUUACUGCGAGCGGCUCAAGAGCUUCCUGGAGACUAACCUGGAGUGGAUGCAGGAGGAGAUGGAGCUGAACCGGGGGUCCGCUUACUGGCAUCAGGUGCGGCUGACCCUCCUGCAGCUGAAAGGCCUCGAGGACAGCUAUGAAGGCCGUAUGACCUUUCCAACUGGGAGGUUUACCAUCAAACCCUUGGGGUUCCUCUUGUUGCAGCUCGCAGGGGACCUGGGAGACUUGGAGCCCGCCCUGAAUAAGACCAAGACCAAGCACGUUAUGGGCUCUGGCUCUUGCUCUGCCCUCAUCAAGCUGCUGCCCGGCCAGACGGACCUCCUGAUCGCCCACAACACCUGGAGCUCCUACCAGAACAUGCUGCGCAUCAUCAAGAAGUACUGGUUCCAGUUCCGGGAAGACCCCCUAGAGAACUCUCCCCUGGCUCCGGGCAACAAGGUGGUCUUCUCGUCCUACCCUGGCACACUCUUCUCCUGUGACGACUUCUACAUCAUGGGCAGCGGGCUGGUGACACUGGAGACCACCAUCGGCAACAGGAACCCGGCCCUCUGGAAGUACGUGCAGCCCAAGGACUGUGUGCUGGAGUGGUUGCGUAAUGUGGCGGCCAACCGCUUGGCCUUGGACGGGGACGCCUGGGCAGACAUCUUCAAAAGGUUCAACAGUGGCACGUACAACAACCAGUGGAUGAUUGUGGACUACAAGGCAUUUGUCCCCGGCGGGCCCAGCCCCGGCAACAGGGUCCUCACCAUCCUGGAGCAGAUCCCGGGCAUGGUGGUGGUGGCCGAUAAGACCUCAGAACUCUACCAGAAGACCUACUGGGCCAGCUACAACCUACCGUAUUUUGAGAGUGUGUUCAACGCCAGCGGGAUGCAGGCCCUGGUAGCCCAGUACGGGGACUGGUUCUCCUAUGAUGGGAGCCCCCGAGCCCGGAUCUUCCGACGGAACCAGUCGCUGGUGCACGACCUGGACUCCAUGCUCCGGCUCAUGAGGUACAAUGACUUCCUGCAUGACCCCCUGUCACUGUGCAAAGCCUGCAACCCUCAGGCCAACGCAGAGAACGCCAUCUCGGCCCGCUCUGACCUGAACCCCGCCAACGGCUCCUACCCUUUCCAGGCCCUGCACCAGCGCUCCCAUGGGGGCAUAGACGUAAAGAUGACCAGCAUGGCACUGGCCAGGGCCUUUCACAUCGUCGCAGUCAGUGGGCCUACGUGGGACCAGCUGCCGCCAUUCCAGUGGAGCUCCUCGCCCUUCAGCGGCCUGCUGCACAUGGGCCAGCCUGACCUCUGGAAGUUCUCGCCCAUCGAGGUCUGGUGGGACUGAGUCUCCUUCUCUGCCCUGCUGACAGCCACUGGGGCCACCCACCGGCCGCCACCCUGACCUCCUGCCCACCCCCUCCGUGGCCAUCGUCCCCUGCUGUGCCCAGAUUGGGGGGCCUGGGUCUGCCAGGUUCCCUGGUCUCCGGAUCAUCUCCUGGUUAGGAUGCGGGGCCUGAUGAGGCCCCAGCACUGACUCGUUCGCUCCCCUUCAGUGAGGGAGUGCCUCCCCUGUCCCCCACCUCUCUGCAUCUCUCUCUCUCUUUCCUCUGUUUCCUUCUCUCUUUCUCCUAUGCUGGAGCCCUGUCCUCAUGCUGCCUCCUCUUGAGGGCUUGGGAGGGGUCCUCAGAUGGGGUUUGGGGCCUCUGGUGGAGCAGGAGGGGACCUUUCCAGUUCCCGCCUCCCAAUGUCAUUCCUGCCAGUAGCUCUGGGACUUGUGGGGUUUUGGCCCAAGACCUGGGCAUUGCCUCUGGUUGGCAUCGGUCCUUCCAUCUCCCAGCCCCAGCUGCUCUGCUCGCUCGGGAAACAGCCCCUUUGUUUCCCCUUCUGGACAGCUUCCCUGAGGACAGAAACUUGAAAACAAACAAAACCAAAGUUUCUGGUGACUUGAGGCUGGAGGGGCCUUCAGGGCAGAGAAGAGUGUCAGCCUCUCUCCUGCAGCCUUGUGCCCUCUGCCCCCAGCUUGGGCCCGCCCCUGGCCUCAGGGCAGUGCCCACAGCUCCCCUGCUAUAGGAACCGAAUUGCAGACUGUGCUGCCAUUAAAUGAGAGGCCGUGGCC